AUGGCAUCAUCACAUGACCUCAUGUCUGAAUGUGCCGCUCCUCUUUCCGUGAGCGGCGGGCGAGCGGAAGGGAAAUAUCACGAUGGCGUCGUCGAGGAUGGCGAGGAGGAUUGCGGCCAUGGCGUCACCGUGCGGCCGCGCUGUCAGCUCAAGACUAAGAGGCGCAUGCAGAAAAAAAACAAAGCGGCCCAGUUCUCAAACGAGGCGUCACCCAACGGCCACCUGACCAAUGGAAAUGAUGGCUGUGUCGAGCAUCAAUCUAACGGGAUCUCCCUCAAUGGAACGCUGGCCGCCCGAACACUGCGGACAGUCCCAUAUCACAGCGCCCCAUGGGGAAGCGGCUCGGCGACUCGCACCGCGAUAUAUUGA